AUAAAGAUAAACAAUGGAAGCUGAAGUAGUGUCUUCUUUUUUUUCUAAUCACAACGAAAUUCAGAAGGAUAUAGGCGAUGAGUUUCUAGAAGUCAUUGAUGAAUUAAAUUUCUCCUUGGAACAGCUCAAAUUACCUCGAACUGUAGAAUGCAUCUACAAUCCUACGUUAUAUGCGCGGGAAACUUUUGAAAUGUAUAUCAAAAAGUUCUGUAACACGAAAAAGGAUAUAAUGUACUUUGGAAUGAACCCUGGUCCAUGGGGCAUGUCACAGACUGGAGUGCCAUUUGGGGAAAUCAGUUCAGUCAGAGACUGGCUAGGUAUUCACGGGCCAGUAAAUAAACCUGACAAUGAAAUCAAAGACCGCCCAGUACAAGGUUUUGAGUGUUCCAGGACUGAAGUAAGUGGGAAAAGAUUUUGGGGGCUAUUCAAGGAAGUCUGUGGUACUCCGGAGAACUUUUUUAGAACCAGUUUUGUCUACAACUACUUGCCCCAGCAAUGGAUGAAGAAUAAUGGCUGCAAUCUCACUCCUGGCGAUUUUAGGGUUUCAGAAAUGCAAGCCUUAUUUGACAUCUGUGAUCCUGUCUUCAUUAAAGUCCUGGAACUGUAUGAUGUAAAAACUAUAGUAGCCAUUGGAAAAUUUUGUGAGACUAGAGCCCAGAAAGCUUUGAAGAUGCAAAGUCCACAUAAAACCUACCAGAUAGUUUACAUUCCACAUCCAAGCCCCAGAGCUGUGAACAACAAUGACUGGGACAAGAAGGCUGUAGAAUACUUGAAGAAUCUAAAUCUAAUGCAAUAUUACACAUGAAGGAUUAACAUGUAGAACAGUUCCCAAACUGAUCAUAAUCAG